AUGAAUCGAAAAGAUCCUGCGUGGAAGUAUGCAAAAGAAAUAGAGGGGGAAAAAUACUUGAGAUGCGCAUUUUGUGAUCAAAGAUGCAGUGGAGGAAUUUCUAGACUUAAGCAUCAUUUAGGUCAAACUCAUCACGGUAUGCAACCAUGUAAGAAAGUUCCUGAGCAUGUGAAAAAAGAGUGUGCCGCAACUUUGAAAAAUCUUCAGCUUGAAAAAAGAAAGAAAAAUGAAAUGCUUAGAGAGAUUGGGGAUGGUCUAGAAGGAGGGGCUCUGAGUAUGGAAACUUCAUUGGAUGAAGAAUAUGGAAUCCCUGGUACUAGGAGUGCUGCAGUUGAUGAGACUCUUAGAGCACAACCUAAAUCAAAAGGACCAAUGGAUAGAUUUGUCACUUUAGAAGCUCGGCAAAGUACAUUAAAUUCAGCAUACAAACAAGAAGAAAGAAAGGAAGUUUGUCGAAAGAUUGGUCGUUUUUUCUUCUCUAGAGCACUCCCAUUUAAUAUUGUAAAUGAUCCAUUUUGGCUACCUAUGAUGGAAGGGAUUGCCGCAUAUGGUGUAGGAUUUAAGCCUCCAUCAAUGCAUGAGCUGAGGACUUGGAUCCUUAAGGAAGAAGUUGGCGACAUUAAUACGAUGAUGGAAGAACAUAAGAAAGCUUGGGCAGAGUAUGGAUGUACUAUUAUGUCUGAUGGUUGGACUAAUGGUAAAAAUAGAGUACUAAUAAACUUUCUUGUGAAUAGUCCAGCAGAUGAUGUUGUCAAAGAAGUUGGAGAGGAGCAUGUCAUUCAAGUAAUAACAGAUAAUGCUUCCAAUUAUAAGAAUGCUGGAGUGAAACUUAUGGAGAAGAGGAAGAAGUUAUGGUGGACUCCAUGUGCUGCCCACUGCAUUGAUUUGAUACUAGUCAAGCAAGUAGUGAAGUUUAUUUAUGGGCAUACAUGGGUUCUUGCUUUGAUGAGAUCUUUCACGAAAAACAAAGAGAUAAUUCGCCCUGCAAUCACACAGUUUGCCACUUCUUAUCUUACUCUUCAAAGCAUCUAUAAGCAAAAGCAACCUCUUCAGGCAAUGUUUUCUUCUAGAGAAUGGCACAAUGGACCAUUUGUCCAACAUAAUGAAGUAUCGGUUUUAAGAGAAGUUGAUUCAAAGGAGAGACCUGCUAUGGGAUUUAUUUAUGAGUUAAUGGAUGUUGCAAAAGAGAAGAUUGCUUUUAAUUGUGGAAAAGUUGAAAGAAAGUACAAACCAAUUUGGAGAAAAAUAGAUGAAAGAUGGGGCCCACAACUCCAUCAACCUUUAUAUGCUGCUGGUUAUUAUUUGAACCCUCAAUUGCGUUAUGAAAAAACCUUUUCUAAUGCUGAUGAAGUGAGGAAGGGAUUGGAAGAUUGCAUGACUAGGAUGUUGUCUUUUGAGGAUCGUAUGACUGCUGAUAUCCAGUUGGACUUGUAUGAUGAGGCAAAAGGAGAGUUUGGAAGUCGUCUUGCAGUGAAUUCAAGGAAACUACGAACUCCAGCAAAUUGGUGGAAGCGUUUUGGAAGGGACACACCUGAGUUGACAAAGUUUGCUAUUCGGGUCCUUAGCCUUACUUGUAGUGCAUCUGGGUGUGAGAGGAAUUGGAGCACAUUUGAGCAGAUUCAUACAAAGAAAAGAAAUAGACUUGAACAUCAAAAGCUCAAUGCUCUAGUAUAUGUGAAGUAUAAUACGGCACUAAGAGAGAGAAGUAUUAGAAGGAGGUCAAAGAUUGAUCCAAUAUUGGUGAAUGAAAUUGAGUCUGAUGAUGAAUGGAUAGCUGAGGUUGAAGAACCAAUUCUACCAACUGAUCUUAUUUGGCUUAAUUCUCAAGAAUUAUAUGAUGUUGAUGUCAUCAGAAAUAUCCCCACUGAACCUUAUGAAACUGAUCUACAUACUCGAGUGCCUAUUUCUGUGGAGCCUAUUGGUGAUCCUAGGACUCAAGAGCAAGGGAAUAUUCAUGUUAGGACUCAAGAGCCUAUUGUUCAUUCUAGAACUCAAGAUCCUAUUAUUGAUGAUGAUCUUAUUCUUGACGAUGAUGUUCUUCUUUCCUCGUUAGCUUCAAAAAAGAGAAAAGAAUGUGAAACCUCAAGUAAGAGAAAAGUCAAAAGCAAGUCCAUAAGAGCUAUGCUUAUGGAUGAAGAUGAUGAGAUAGAUAAAGAUCCUUCAACAUUUGAUAGUGGGAAAUAUCCUUUUCAUAUUGAUACAGUUGAUCAAUAUGACAGUGAUGCUAGUUUGAAUGAUAUUAGUGUUGAGGAGUGGGAUGAGUGA